GGAAAACGCAUUGAAUUUGAUUUAUGGGACAGGGCAUCAGAUGGCUCUGAAGACUCCCAGGAGCGAGCAACUCUGAAGCAAAGCACCGGUCCGGUUCCAGCAAAACGCAGCAGCUGCAACAUAUAUAUUGUUUAAUUAUCUUCAUUCUCGGACUGGGCUUCAAACCAUUUUGAAGAAAAACUGGAUUUGUAUGUAACCUGCGGAGGUAUUGUAUCAGAGCUUUAUCAGAUAUUUUAAAAGCAGAACAAAAUGUCUUUUACCUCCAAACUCCCCCCGUCCUGGAACGACAGACCUCCUCCUCGUAAGGUGGAGAUUGACCUGAGUUCACCAGGGCUGGCUGUGUUGGAGCUGGAACGACUCCUGUUCACUGGGAAAGCCAUCAACAGCCAUGCAGACGAAGUGUGGCCCAGACUUUACAUUGGAGACCAGGACAGUGCUACGAAUGUCCGCCAGUUGGCCAACCAUCAUGUCACCCACGUCUUGAAUGCAAACCACAGUAAACGGCGAGACGGUGCGGAGACUUACCUGGGAAUGAACAUCAAGUACUUUGGCAUCGAGGCUCAUGACUCCUGUAACUUUGACAUGAGUGUCAACUUCCAGACUGCAGCAGACUUCAUCCACAGGGCCCUCAGUGGAGGAGGUAUAGUGCUGGUGCACUGUGCAGUGGGAGUGAGUCGUUCAGCCACCCUGGUUCUUGCCUACCUGAUGCUGAGACAGAACUUGACCUUGGUGGAUGCCAUCUGCGCCGUGAAGGACAACCGCGGUGUGAUCCCCAACAGAGGCUUCCUCCGACAACUCAUCAACCUGGACACCAAACUGUAUGGCCACCUCCGCAACACUACCUACACCUAGAAGACUGAUUAUAUCAGCUUCUAUUCUAUUCUCUUUCGUCUAUUUGAGCAGUGGGUCACGAACCUUUUCUUUUUUGGGAAACAUUUAUAAAAAAGAAUCAUACUGUGACACUUUCUGUAUUUUCAAAGUUCUAUAUCUUGAAAAUGUAAUUGCUGACAUGCAAAACAUUUUGGUACUGUACCAGCAGUAGACUAAUGAAACAAAUACCAAAAUAUAGUUUGAGUGUAAUUUUCCUUUAAGUUGGUGAAGGCUAUGUGGGAGACUUGCAUUCUAGUUCCCAGUAUUCAAAGUUUAGCUGUAUUCCAUGUUCUGCUUUUCCUAGCAGUGUCUGGCUGUAGAAUUAUUUCGACAUACCUCCCUUUAGAGAUAAGACCGCUGAUGGUUUGGAGGUCAAACUUGAGAAACCUGUCUUAUUGGGAAAUAAGUGGCAAUAUUAUGUAGCCUACUGUAACUUAAGCUUGUGUUGUACACAUUUUUUGGCAAAAUACAUUUGUUUAUUGAGUAUUUUGUAUGUUUCAAGCUGAUAUGAGAAUGCAAUUACUAUGACAUAUUAAAGUAUGUGUGUAUACAUUUUCCUAGUA